CUGCUUAAUCCAAGCUACCGCUGACCCGUGUGUAGUAUCUUAGAGGAAGAGAAAAAUGUCUCUUACACGAAUCUUGAGUUCUGCAAUAUCUCGCCAAAAACAGAUCUCUGUCUGUCUGCUGCCCCGUCUUUUUACUACUUCUACGAGGCAGUUCACCGAUCCUCUCACGAUUUGCAGCCAGGAUAAUGGAAUCCGUAGAAUUGUGCUUAAUAACCCAAAGAAGAGGAAUGCUCUUUCACUAGCAAUGCUAGAGGCUAUUAGAAGCGACCUACUGCACGACUUGCAGGGAAUCAGCGUAAUUGUCUUAUCAGCUAAUGGUCCGGUAUUCUCCUCAGGGCAUGACCUCAAAGAGCUGAUGGAGGACCAAGGCACAGAGUACCACACUAAAGUGUUCCACACUUGUUCACAAGUCAUGUCUCUAAUUCAGGACCUUCCAAUACCAGUAGUUGCUCAAGUCAAUGGACUUGCUACAGCUGCAGGCUGCCAGCUUGUUGCUAGCUGUGAUGUAGCUGUGGCAUCCGACAAAAGCCAGUUUGCUACACCAGGGGUUAAUAUUGGCCUGUUUUGUUCUACGCCGGGUGUGGCCCUGGCUCGUGCCGUGCCAAGAAAGGUUGCCAUGGAGAUGCUUCUCACAGGACGUCCAAUCACAGCAGAAGAGGCGUUGCGGCAUGGUCUUGUUAGCCGUGUGGUCCCAGAAGAUCAGCUGGAGAAUGAAGUUAACAGAAUCAGCAGCAAGAUAGCGGAGGUCAGCCGUCCUGUGGUCGCAAUGGGGAAGGCAUGCUUUUACUCACAAGUAGCAAAAACAAGGGACCAAGCUUACAAGUAUGCAGAGAAUGUGAUGAUCGAGAACCUGAAGAUGGAAGAUGGAAAGGAAGGGAUCAAGGCGUUCGUUGAGAAAAGAAAGCCAGUGUGGACACAUAAGGGGGAUUGCCAAUAGCUACAGUAUGGGGAUGGCAAGAUGGGGUCUGAAGCAAGGGCGGAUCUAGGGGUGGGCCAAGCGGUCCUAGGCCCCCUUUUUGGGGAUUUGGUGAAGUGGGGAUAUAAGUGUGCUUGAAAAACUAGUGUCUUUCCAGUGCAAAUUUAUAAAGGGGGCAAAUGGUGACUCUUUCAUUUUAAAAGGAAAGCAACGUUCGGAGCCCAUCCUUAACAGCUGUACAAAAAAACCUUUUUGAAAGGGCUGCAUAACAUAAUAGAACCGAAGUACACAACAAAAGUGCUGUAAUAAAUUAAUACAAGAGAAGAAAGGAAUAGAAAAAAAACCUUUAUUGCUUAAAAUAUUUAAAUGUAAUGAUGAUAGGAUAUUUUACUUGAACAAAUAAAUCUCAUUUUUUAGUG